CGUGUAAAAAAUGGCAUGCGGCAACCGAUUUUAAUCCAUCACUUGCUUUUCAUACUGUUUAUUUCUGCUGCUAAAUUACUUUUUUUCUUCAAAACCUGUAAUGGGUAUCCAGGCUGUUUAAGGAGGAUUCUAUUACUCCCCUCCCUACCAAAUCCUAUCUUCAACAAGAGAAUGGACGAAUACGGUCUUGAGUACACUUUGGAUGAGGCACUUGUUGCAGUUGGGUUUGGGAAAUUUCAAGGUCUUGUGCUUCUUUAUGCUGGCCUUGGUUUGUUUGCAGAAGCUAUGGAAAUUAUGAUUCUCUCUUUUGUGGGACUGGCUAUUGAGACUGAGUGGGGACUCUCCUCAUCCCAAAAGAGCCUAUUGACAAGUGUUGUUUUUGCUGGUAUGCUAAUUGGAGCAUAUUCUUGGGGCCUUAUAUCAGAUAACAUGGGAAGGAAGAAGGGACUUCUAGGCUCAACUAUACUAACUAGUGGAGCAGGACUGUUAAGUACUUUCUCUCCAAAUUAUAUAUCAUUGUUGAUUCUUCGUUCUUUGGUUGGUAUCGGCCUGGGUGGCGGACCUGUAUUCACCACUUGGUUUCUAGAGUUUGUUCCUGCUUCAAACAGAGGCAUGUGGAUGGUUGUCUUCUCAGCUUUCUGGACAUUUGGAACGAUUUUUGAGGCUUCAGUUGCAUGGAUAGUGAUGCCGAGAUUGGGUUGGAGGUGGUUACUUGGAAUCUCCUCUCUGCCAUCAAUUGCUCUACUUCUCUUUUAUUCUCUUGCGCCAGAGUCUCCAAGGUAUCUAUGCACAAAAGGUAGAACAAGUGAUGCACAUAAAAUCCUGGAGAAAAUAGCUUUGCUCAACCAAACAAAAUUACCACAUGGGAUGCUUGUUUCUGAUAGUACAACCAGAUUGGAUGAACAAUCUUCCUCAUCAGGCUAUAGCCCUUUACUUUCCUCAGCUAGUGAAAACAUCUUGAACACUAAAUCAGGCUUCUCGUCUUUUCUUACACUAUUCUCAUCGAAAUUAAUUCGAACGACACUUCUCUUAUGGGUGUUAUGCUUUGGGAAUUCAUUUUCAUAUUAUGGUAUUGUAUUGCUGACCUCGGAACUAAGUGGUAGCCAAAGCAAAUGUCGCUCAGCUAUCUUGUAUUUUGAAAAUCUCCAGGAGAAUAGCAUCUACAUUAAUUUAUUUGUCACUAGUUUGGCAGAGCUUCCUGGGCUUAUUUUAUCGGCAGUAGUUCUGGAUAGAGUUGGUCGCAAGCUUUCCCUGAUAUUCAUGUUUGUUUUGGCUUUUGUUUUCCUUCUGCCGCUUGUUGCCUAUCAACCUGCAAUAUGGACAACAGUCUUGUUAUUUGGAGCUCGCAUGUUUGUCGUUGCAACCUUUACAGUCGCAUGCAUAUAUUGCCCAGAGCUAUACCCCACAUCGGUGAGGGCAACUGGCUAUGGAGUUGCAAGCGCUAUGGGGAGGAUUGGCGGGAUGGUAUGCCCUCUUGUGGCAGUAGGACUAGUGAAUAGCUGCCAGAUUGAGGAAGCCAUAGUUCUGUUUGAGGUUAUAAUAGCUACUUCAGCAAUUAGUGUUUUGUUCUUCCCAUUUGAAACCAAAGGUCGUGAAUUAAGUGACAGUGUUGCUGCUUUUGGUCCCAAACAAAUUCUUCAUCAUCCUUUAUAAGGAAAUGUACAUGAUAUGAUAAAUGCAGUUAAAAAGAAGAACCACAAAUAUUCUUUUGAAUGCAGCAAUUAGUGUUUUGUACACGCCGUGUUCUAACCAGGCUCAAUCCAACCCAACUUGCGGGUUUAAAAGUAUAAUCGAUUGAGUUGGCAGGUCAUUUUUAUGAUUUAUGAGUUGGGUUUUGUCAGAUCACAGGUCCACAAAGUAAACCCGCUGAUCCGACCCAAUUCGAUCUGUAAACAAUAUUAAAUAUAUAUAUAUAUAUAUGUGUGUGUGUAAUUAUGAAUUAUUUGAAUUAACUUAAUUUGCUUUA